GUCUUACAGGAACGCGCUCACCGGCCAAGCCCACGCACUGUCGUGGAUACAAGGUCCGAUCACUUCUGACACCAAUGUAAUGAAACAGCAGGGAGCAGAUCUCGAACCCUCGCCCUUCGAGCCCGAGGUCCGGCGCGCUAUCGACUGUGCGGCAGAAUCGAUUUCCGCGCUUAUAAACCCAGGGUCGUCACACUAUUGACGAUUUGUGUUGCAACAAGCAAGUUUCCUGAACUCCAAUUUGCAGAUUUUUUUUCGGGAUAAUACGAGACAGACAGGCAGACAGACGGUAUGUCACGGCGCGUGUGUGUGAUUGGAGGGGGAAGUUCAGGUCUGACCAGCAUCAAGAGCUGUCUGGACGAGGGUCUGGAGCCCACCUGCUUCGAGAGCAGUGAUGACAUCGGGGGACUGUGGAGGUUCAAGGAGAACCCAGAGGCUGACAGGGCCAGUAUCUACCACUCUGUCAUCAUCAACACCUCCAAGGAGAUGAUGUGUUUCUCUGAUUUUCCCAUCCCAGCCCACUUCCCCAACUACAUGCACAACUCCCUCAUUAUGGACUACUUCCGCAUGUAUGCCGAACACUUCCAACUCACCAAGCACAUACGCUUCCAGAUCAGAGUCCUCCAGGUGAAGCCAAGACCCGACUUCUCUCGUUCGGGCCAGUGGGAUGUGGAGACAGAGAACAAGAAGGGAGAGAAGGAGAAACAUAUCUUUGAUGCUGUGAUGAUCUGUAUAGGACACCACUGUCACCCCAACCUGCCUCUACACGAUUUCCCAGGUAUCGACAAAUUCAAGGGCCAGUACUUCCACAGUCGGGACUAUAAAACGGCAGAAGAGUGGCGGGGGAAGAGGGUGGUGGUGAUCGGCAUCGGCAACUCUGGAGGAGAUAUCGCUGUGGAACUCAGCAGGGUCACCAAACAGGUAUUCCUCAGUACCAGGCGUGGGGCAUGGAUCCUCAACCGUGUGGGUCAACAAGGGGUGCCCAUGGACUUUCAAUUUAACAGAAGGGUGUUAAAGAUGGCCCUGUCUGUACUGCCCUUUGGCCUGGCCUGCAGACUGGGAGAGAACAAAAUCAACCAGAGAUUCAACCACAGCCUCUACUCUCUACAGCCCAAACACAGGCUGUUCAGCCAGCACCCUACAGUGAAUGAUGAGCUGCCCAACCGGAUCCUGUCUGGCACAGUGCAGGUCAAACCCAACAUCCGCAGGCUCCAGGGGUCCAGCAUUGAGUUUGACGACGGAACCGUGGAGGACAACAUAGACUUGGUGGUGUUUGCCACUGGCUACAACUUCUCCUUCCCCUUCCUACCGUCCAAUAUGCUGCCGGUUUCCGGGAACAAGGCCAAUCUGUAUAAGUACAUGUUCCCUCCGGGGUUAGAGCGUCCCACACUGGUCGUUAUAGGGCUGGUGCAGCCGCUUGGAGCCAUCAUGCCCAUCUCUGAAAUGCAGGCCCGAUGGGCCACCAGGGUCUUCAAAGGGCUGAAUAAGCUUCCCUCAAUGGACUGCAUGUUGAAGGACAUUAAACACAAGGAGGAAACAAUUGCCAAGAGGUAUGUGACCUCCCAGAGACACACCAUCCAGGUGGAAUACAUUGACUACAUGGACCAGAUAGCUUACCAGGUGGGGGUGCGUCCCAGCCUCCUAGGGCUGUUGCUACGAGAUCCUGGUGUGUGGCUGUGUGUGCUGCUGGGGCCAUGCACCCCGUACCAGUACCGUCUGAGAGGGCCGGGACAGUGGGAUGGGGCCCGACAGGCCAUCCUGACUACAUGGGAUCGGAUGGCAGGAGCCCUGAAGACCAGGCCCUCGGACAUCCCUGAGCCCAAGCAGAGUUCCUUACACCUGACCCUAACUGUGGGGGCUGCUGCCCUGGCUCUGGGGUACUACUGGAACAUACACAACCACCCAUCCCUCCUCAUCGCCCUGGACCCCACCACCUGGCAGGACAAGAUCAAACCAUACCUGCCAGUGUUGUGGUAACCUACCAGGGAUCAAACCCAGGCUGUGACUGGGUGGCUAACACAGUCAUGUUAGCCCACUAUGCUAAAGCCUAGCCCUCAGCCAUUCCACCUAUUUAUUCAAUUCCAGUACACAACCAGCUGUACUAGUGGUGGUAUAGAACACAUAUGUUUAAGGACUGAGGGUCCCAGAGUACUAGGUAUUGUAACACUGGUUUGGUUGACUAAUGCCCAUUAGCCCACUGAGCUAAAGCCAAGGAGGUCACCUCCGUUACACCAGGACAGUGACCUGAAACAAACUCAUAAUCCAGAUGAGCUAUUAAAUACAGAAAUGCAAUAGCAGGCAGCAAUCACUAACCUUACUGUCUGUUAAUUAAUAUGCCAGGUCAUCUUUGUGAAAGAUGAGAGCUCUACCAACUAAUCAGCGAACACAAAUGAUGUUAAUAUGAAUCUCUCAUAACCAAUAAUUCACAAAAUGUAUGCACAGAAUUGGAAAUAAUGCAUAGUGCAAUAUUAGUGUAUUAUCCACAGCCUGUUCUCAUAAUUGUUGGGAUUCAAUUUUACUUGAUGCCACAGUGACUGAUCAGAUAUAUUAUAAUAUAAUUUAUUUUGUUCUAUAAUCUUAUUUUCAAAAUAGCAAAAUGAUUUUAGGAGAGUGUAGUGUAAUACAUUUUUGCCUUCAUGUUUGGAUUGGCUUUGAGUGUUACAAGUCUGUAAUUCACUAAUCUAGUCAAAUGUAUGCACACACUAACCUCUACCUUCUCCCUCCUUACGAUGUACUGGUGACCAUGAUAAGUGGUGCCACCACUAAGUGCCUACUCCAGGAACAUCCUUAUAAACCACUAAAGUGUGGCCCAGAGACAACCCCCCCCCUAGCCUCUAUGCAUUUGUAUGUGAAUGGAUAUAUGGCAUUUUUGCCAUCCUUGUCUGUCAUCCCUUUCAGAUCUAUACAGGUGCAUAGGGUGGUAGGAGACAGGAGGUAGUUGCUAGGCAUGGUGUCUGGAUGUUUAAAGAGCCACUGAACACGUCGAUUGGCACGUGUUCUUCUGAUGCUCAUUAUAAAAUGUUGAUUUCUGGACCGAUUGGGCGUUUGGUUAAUUAUGUUUGUCCCCCAUGAGACACUGUAGAUGCGGAAGCCUGUUUCACUUCCUCAAAAUCCCCAGAAUAAAUAACUCAAAAAAUCUGUCAUUCAUUUUGACAUUUUUGACAAGGAUGUUGUGCAAUUUUACGUCUAACUAAAGGUGUUUAGUGUAGUAUUUCUCAAGUAAAAAAAAUGUGCAAUGUGUUGUCUUAUGUAAGCCAAGUUAGAGCUGCUGGGUAGGUCUGUCUCACUGUCAAUGCUAUUGGAGAGUGAGCAAUCCACACAGCUGUUCACCCCAUGUUAGUUGGCAAAUGGACAUCAAAUCAAAACCCAAACUUAAUUUACCCGUUGUGACGCACAGAUGGUCCAAACUCUGUUUUAGAUAGGAUGACUUUAUGACAAAUUAUUUUACACUAUAUAGUCAAUUUUGACACUAGAUUAACUGUAUCUUGCUAAUUUGUUGUCACAUAGGCUGUUUUCAAAGGGAUGUGUUGCUUUUUAAAGGCAGUCGCACUUUAAAGCUAGAAUCCUUAGUUGCUACAUCCUAUUUUUGACUAAUUCAAAUGUACCCAUUAUAUUCAAGAAUAAACUUAAAUGUCUCGCGCUUACUUCAAAUGUCGUACCCAAUCCGAACCCAAAAUACAAGCUAAUUUUACUCACAUUUUGUAAACAAUGCAUAUUUAAACAAACACUGUGUAGCCUCAACAUUUUUAAAACUUUAAUUUUGAUUUCAUGGAUGUUCAGGCUAUGCAUCGUCUGUCUAUGAUUUGAGAGGGGUUACAUUUCUCUGGGCCCAUCCCUCAGGUUUACUCCAACUGAAGCAGGGUGCUGACUUUGCUAUUGUUUCAAUUAAGGAUUCUAGGUUUAAUUUCUUUGUAAUGUUGUAUGUUUUUUAGCCCAACAACAUUUACUUUGUUGGGCUUAACAUUUUAAUGUAAUACUAUGGGAUGAAAACAAGUUAUGAAUUUGAAACAUUAUUGUAGAAUAGAUUCAAAAAUAAAAAAUGAAUGACAUUUGC